UGUCAGCUUCCUGUGUGACUGACUGAGUAAAGGAGGAAGUGAAUUGACGGAAGGGGAGCGCUUCCUUUCAAACGCCCCCACUCUUCCUCGUCUGUUUGCUGUCACGUUCACAAGAAAAAGACCCUCGUGGGCCGUUUUUAAACUGACACCUGAGUCACAGAACCGCUAAUACCUGAGGAUACCUUCAGAGUCUAACUGUCUUAACGUCUGUCUCCAAACAGGCAGCUCCCUCUUCUCUCCGGUGAGUCAACAGAGAUCACACAGUCUUCUCUACGCUCCUCUCAUGCUCGCUGAGAAUGGAUGACACACAGGACUUGGUUCAGAUCGGAGAGAACAGGUUCAUUAGCAAGGCAACCGUCCUCUCACAUCUUAAAACAUACAACCUGUACUAUGAGGGGCAGAAUCUGCAGCUACGACACAGAGAAGAAGAGGAGGAGCUGAUUGUCGAGGGCUUGCUGAACAUCUUCUGGGGCCUGCGGCGGCCGAUCAGGCUUCAGAUGCAGGAUGACCACGAGCGAAUCCGACCGCCUCCCUCCUCCACGUCCUGGCACUCCGGCUGCAAUCUGGACAGUCAAGGUUCCCCCAACAGCACAGAUGGUCAACAGACGACACAGCAGAGCCCACCCACAGUGGAAGUGACGCCACCUGAGAGCCAACCAGAGGACAACGGUGUGGCGGAGGAACAGACAGAAGAGGACAGCGAGAGCUCCGCCCAGCUGCUCAGAACCAAGAGUGAUGCCGGGGUGUUAAGACGGGGUCAGCGAAGGUCCCCGAGCGACCAGAGGAAAAUCCGCCGCCAUCGGUUCUCCAUCAACGGGCAUUUCUAUAAUCAUAAGACGGCCGUGUUCACUCCUGCCUUCGGCUCAGUCACUAACGUUCGCAUCAACAGCUGCAUGACGACGCCUCAGGUGCUGCGGGUUCUCCUCAACAAGUUCAAGAUCGAAAACAGCCCGGAUGACUUUGCGCUCUACCUCGUCCACGCCAGUGGAGAGCGAGUGAAACUGAAGCGGACCGACUAUCCCCUCGUGCUGAGAGUCAUUCAAGGUCCAUGCGAGCAGGUCUGCAAAGUUUUCCUCAUGGAAGAAGACCUGGGAGAAGAAGUCACGUAUGAUGUGGCGCAGUAUAUCAAGUUUGAGAUGCCUGUCCUGCAGAGUUUCAUCACCAAGCUGAAAGAAGAGGAGGACCGAGAGGUGCAGAAGCUCAGGAGAAGGUAUAACUACCUGCGGUGUAUAAUUGAGAAGCAGCUCAGUUGUCUUCCAGAGGGGGCGACGUGUAUGUGAUCGGCUCACGGUGAGGCCUCCCUCCACCACACCAAACUGUCAGAAACUUCCCCAGAGUCCUCCUCGCUUACAGCCGCGACCGAGAGCGCGACCGAGAGCCGGCUCACGAGAACAUUUUGGGCGACUGUCCUGCUCCUGUGAAUUCCUGCCUCUACGUGGGUCCUUUUUUUUCCCAAUCCGUCAACCUACAGACUUAAAACUUUAAUGUGCUGUGUUGUGUGCAUGUUGAGUGUGACCAUCUCAGCAAUACGACUCACACACUGGACCCAGUGACUCCAUCGUUCUCAUACAGUGCACACAGAAAGACAUUCCUCUAAUCGCGAGUGGUUCAAACAGACGAAUGAGCCUAAAACAAAACGCCUUUUCUUCCGUCUUCUAUUCCAGAUAAUAUUCCAAAUCAAUUAAAAGCACAUGUUCUGAGGGCUUAGUAAAGUGCCUGUUCGAAGGUUUCUCCAAGCACAAAACACACAAACUCUGAUCUGUGGGAUAUUUUUUGUUGUGUGUAUAAUUCAGUGGAAGUUCUGGGGGGGUUUUAACAGGAAACCGCAAGCGAGCAGAUUAGACUCAAACCCAGAUACCAGUCGGCACCAAAAGUCCCCAUGUGGUUAUGUUUUUCUCCUGUCAAUAAUUAGUUUAAUAUUGGAACUGAUGAUCUUCGUUUUAUUGCACUUGAAGAGUUCAAUGCGGGGAUUAUUGAAAUGCCGUGAGAACAGAUCAUCUGCUUAUCCGCCGCCGGAUGUCUGAAGGUUGUCUGGGCUGCCGUCGGACUGAAUGUGUCUUGUUGUUUUUAAAAGAAAGUAAAACACUUGCUCGCUUUCUUUGCAGGAGUUUAUUUUAUUUUGGUGUAACUACAGCCAGCGACCAGUGAGGCUAAAACCUGCUGGACUGGAGACACCAAACACCUCCCAGCAUCUGUUUAACACACUGAUUAGUUCCAAUCUGUAAAAAAGCCAAAGUGUAAAAGUUUUGGGUUCGUGUGACAGACUUUUACUUUUUUGGGGGACUUAGUUUGGCACACACUGCAUUUAAACAUAGAUGAUUAAUGAUAACGAAUGACCUGGUGAGCUGCUCGCUGGAGCUUCAUUAUCACCACACAGACAUGAGAUUACUCUUAAUCUCCUCGACAAACUUGCAGCAUGAAAUCAGUUUUCUUCCCAUUCAGUGGAAGUUUGUAUGUUUUAACUACACCAUAGAUGUAAAAGCCGAACUCCAACAGCUGAGCAAUCGCUGAUAACUCUCUGUGCAGCAGCAGUUUCAUUCUCACUGUCAAAUGAUCAUAUAAUAAUAAUAAUAAUAAUAAUAAUAAUAAUAAUAAGGUAAAUUCUUCAGAAUGACAGCCACCCUGAUAUAAUUAGAAACCUUUCAGCCCCUUUUGUUCCUUUUAAACACAUUUAACUAUCAAAUAAACGAAUGUUCAGGGAUGGAUUUAUUUUAUUUCUUUGGACACCUGAAGCACAUGAACACAGACGUGAAAUCCCACCAGACUGUGAAUCCUGCCGAUUAUCUUUCACUGAGAAUGUUUAAAAUGUGUGAACGAGCGUUUCGAAGCAGCACGACUUUGCCUCCACGUGUGCAGCACUUUGCGUACGUCUGCUUUUGUCCGUCGGUCCAACAUUUCUGACUCUGAGAGCGUGCAUGUCCUAUUUUUAGCGGCUCUUUCAGACUUGCCUGCUUUUUGUAAUUGCGUCUUUUACAAAAUAAUGAAGAAGAAAUUUUAGUCUUUAAAGUGAACUCAUGCCACUACUUGGAAAAUGUAGAUUUCUUUUUUUUUGAACAAUGAUUGUUAUUUAAUAAAAAAAAAAGUUGUCUUGGGAAAACA